AACUCCAUAUUUUAUUUCAUUUCCCAUUUCCUCAGCUUCGCUUUUCGUCAUCAUAAAUGCGCAUAUUCGUCCCCUCGUUUCCCCAUCAUUUGGAUCGAAUGCAGGAGCAUACCGCUUCCAAGUCGAGGCUCCAUAACGAUCUUGCAUUUGUUCCUUUCUGGGUUCUUGGGUUUUAGCUGUUUUCGUCCGUGCCGGAGGGCAAUCUUUCAUAUCCCAAGUUCGAGAUUAGCAUUCGUUUCUUAGAUCAACUCGAUCUGAAGUUGCAAAUUUGGGGGCUUUCCGUUUCUGUCGGCGUUUCCGGCGCCUGGGGAUUGUUGGGUCGUUGCCCAUUUCGGUUUUUUUCUUCGGCGAUUAGCUCAAGGGGUCGGGUCAAGAAGCGGGCGUUGACUUCCGUCUUUGCGUGCUUUGGGUUUAUAGUUUUUAACGCCUCCCUCCAAAAUGAUCGCCAUGUUUUGGAUUGGGGGUGUCGGUUCUUUGUGAUCGCGUGAUUCGUAAGCAAUUUGGGCAAAUGGGUUUUCCUUUCAACCUGAAGACCUGGCAUAUCUUGUCUUUGCUUACGGUUUUUUAAAGUGGGUUUUGACUCGGCAUCAGAAGAAAUUUUGGUGGUCCUGUUGUAAUUAGCGGUGUAACUGUUGAUGGGUGAGAUCGCUAAGGAAGCAAAUGGCUACCAUGAGAAGCCUGUGAAGCCUGUGAGUGAUGUAGACUCUGGACAGGAUAAGGGUCAUGGCGAUGUAGAAGAGGACAGUGAGGUGAAGUCGUUGUUGCCGCCGAGACGUGGUGGCAUGAUUAGAAGCUCCGAGAAGACUAGGAGGAAGGUGCAGUGGAAUGACAGCAACGGCAACAGUCUCACCGAGGUGUUGGAGUUUCAACCGAGUGAGCCAAGCGACAGUGACGAUGAUGAUAAUGAUUCUUGCGUAUGUACCAUAAUGUAGAAGCGUAUUACUCUUGCUCACCACACAUGACAGAUUGGCCAUGUCAACACCAUCACUUAUUGUCAAGGAUGAUUGUGUGGUUCGGGAAUGGCAAGCAAUGAAUAUUGCCUCCACCAAGAUUGUUUUCUGCGACAUCAUGAGUCUUCUGGUGACUACGGCUACGAAAAAGAGGAAGAGUAGUGCUUUUCCUCACAUGAGGAAAUAAGGUGUUGGGUUCAUCUUGAUAGCCUAGGAUGCAAAAUACUAUGUAUAAAAUACAUUACAAGUGAAUUCAUACCGCAUUCGCUCGAGUAUGAGUCUAAUUGAACGCUGAGAUUACCAUGCAGGAGGAUUCUCAAUGGUAAGAAAGACGCAAUACUGAGUUUAUGACCAUGUCGCCACCCA